GCUGCCCCGAGGCUGGGCCCGGCCCCCAGGCGCGGCGGGACAUCUCCCGGUCGGGUUCCCGGCCCGGCCGCCUCCACCCAGCGACGGGUGAUGCCGGCAGCGGAGCCGGCUGCCAUUGGCCAGGGCCGGGGGCGGGGGGGUCAGGACAGCAGGACCUGCCUGCGGGUCCCGAACCGGGACCCAGAGAGAGAGACCCCUGCAGAGCCCAGGGGUCCAGGGAGAGAUCUGCCCCCCCCCGACCCAGGGAUCCAGGGAGAGAUCUGCCCCCCCCCCCGCAGAGCCCAGGGGUCCAGGGAGAGAUCUGCCCCCCCCCAGACCCAGGGUUCCCAGGAGAGAUCUCCCCCCCCCCCCCCAGACCCAGGAGUCCAGGGAGAGAUCUGCCCUCCCCAGACCCAGGGAUCCAGGGAGAGAUCUGCCCCCCCCAGACCCAGGAGUCCAGGGAGAGAUCUGCCCCCCCCCCCCAGACCCAGGUUCCCAGGAGAGAUCUCCCCCCCCCAGACCCAGGAGUCCAGGGAGAGAUCUGCCCCCCCCCAGACCCACGGUUCCCAGGAGAUAUCUGCCCCCCCAGACCCAGGAGUCCAGGGAGAGAUCUGCCCCCCCCAGAUCCAGGGUUCCCAGGAGAGAUCUGCCCCCCCCCAGACCCAGGGAUUCAGGGAGAGAUCUGCCCCCCAGACCCAGGGAUCCAGUGGAUCACCCCAAAGCCGCUGGGAUCCCGCAGCAGAGAAGUCCGACGCCGGGCUCCAGAGAGAUCUUCUCCCGGCGCCCCUGGGAUCCAGCGAUCUCCCCCGCAGAGCCGGGGAUCCCGGAGCAGGCAGACGGGCGUGUGGGAUCCCCAGAGAUCCCCCAGCCAGAGAUCCCAGAGCGCGCCCGCAGCAGAGCCAGGGAGCUGGAAACUCGCUACAAGGAGCAGAGACCCGAGACCCCCGCGCCGAGCCGGGGACCCCGACAGACCUGCCCUGGCCUGGGACCGAGGGGCCGCCAUGAAGCUGCUGCUGUGGUUGCUGUCUGUGGCUCUGGGCCACCACGGAGCAGGCGGGUUCCUGAUGCACCUGGCCAGCGAGUGUCCCCUGGCAGCCGACGGCUCCGUGCUCUCGUUCAACUUCGCCUUCGUCUUCAACAAGAACCCGCUGGUGUGUUACAACGACCACGACCAGCUCUUCGAGGCCUGUGACAUGGGCCUGCUCAACCCUGUGGCCGCAGGCAUGGCCGCCCAGCUCAACAAGGACGCCGGUUGGCGCCAGCGCAUGGCAGGGGGGCGCCAGGCCUGCCAGAGCCAGAGCCAGCACCUCUGGAGCCGCACGGGGCAAAGGAAGACGCCCCCUAGUGUCCGCAUCGUCUCCAUGGCCCUCUCGAACCCUGCGGGGACCGUGCGCCUCACCUGCCACGUCUGGGGCUUCUACCCGGCGGACGUGGGGGUCACCUGGCUGCGGAACGGGAGCCCCCUGGAGCCCACCGAGGACGGCCUGAGCCCGGCGCUGGCCAACGGCGACUGGACCUACCAGACCCACGUCAGCCUACUCACCACCCCCAAGCCCGGGGACACCUACACCUGCCAUGUGCAGCACGUCAGCCUGGCAGAGCCCCACCAGGAGGAGUGGGGGCCCGGCCUGUCCCCGGGGCUGACGGUCAAGGUCAGCGUGGCUGUCGUGGUGCUGAUCCUCGGCCUCAUCUUCCUGGGCACCGGCCUGGUGUUCUGGUGGCGGGCGCCCGCCCCGGGUUAUUCUCCCCUCGCAGGGCACAACUAUGCUGGAGGCAGCACCUAACGCCCCUGGGCACCGAGACCCCUGGCUCCAGUCCCCCCACCCCAGCGGAGGAUCCCGGCUCGUCCUGUCUGUCGCCCCUAGCUUAGCCAGCCCUCCCCACGGAGUUGGGAUCCGUGGGACAGAGACGGGACAUGUCUCCCUGCCAGCCGGGCACCGCAGCGAGGACGGCUCAGACCAAAUCCCCCAUGGAGCCCGUACGGACCAGCACCUCCUGCACCCCUCCCCACACUGGGGCUGUAUAUACUGGGGCCUAUAGAUGGCUAUAGAGUCCUCCCCUUCCCAACUCCAAGCGCCUGAUGCAAGUAGGAUAAAAUAACGAUAUAAUGACCAGAUUGCUGGCCUCAAGCCCCAAAUUAGAGCCGGCUACCCUAUAUAGACCGGCGGGGCCAAUACAGAGCUAUAACAACCUGAAUACAGAUCCCCUACACACACCCAUCCUCAACUUCUCCCCAACUCAGAGCCCUGGAGCCCAUACAGACUGCCCCCCCCACACUUGUAUACUGGGGCUAUAGAUGGAUAUAGGGACCAGCCCCCCUCCAGACAGAGAGCCCCUGAGCCCACAAGGACUGCCCCCCAUACACCCCGCUGUGUAUAGCAGGGCCCAUAAAGGGCUAGAGGAACCCCAGUAUAGACCCCCAUCCCCACAGACGUGGAGCCCUCUGCCCUGUACACUUCAGCAGGGCGAUAUAGGGAUAUAAUGACCCGAUCAGACCCCUAGCUUCUCCCCAGCCCCCCCGAUCCCUCAGCACCGGGGGAUGUGUCCAAUUCUCCACCCCCUAGUACAAUCCCAGCCCUGGUACAAUCCCACUUCCCCCACCAGGGGUCAUCCUAGACCAGGGCUCCCUCCCGGGUCAUCAUACAAUUCCCCCAUUACUCACCCAGCCACCCCUCAAGCCUGGCAGCCAACCCCCCCCUUCCCACCUGUUCCCCCCGCCUCCCAGGCAGGCACAGCAUCCUCACCCCCCCCCCCCGCCUGGCACUCUCCACACUGAGGUGGGGUGGGGGCAGGGCUAUGGGGAGCGGGUUCCCGAUUCGGGGUGCUGACCGUGUGCGGGGUGUACGGAGAGGGUGGCUGUUGUAAUCUCCCCCUCCCCCCCAUUAAAGAUCCUCUCUGGUGCA